CGCUCCUACCAUGUCUUCGGGGGAAGGGGAUCUUCAACCAGCAUCCGUGCCCAAAGCCAAGCGAGUCAAGGCUGCCAAAGCAUGCGAUCUCUGUAGACAGAAGAAAAUUCGAUGUGAUGCCCAAGAAGGCUCCGGGUCUCGAUGUUCUUACUGUGUAACGCAUGGUUCGGAGUGUACCUUCGGAUCUGAGAGAAAGCGUCCAGGGCGUCCCAACAAAUAUGUUGAAAGCCUGCAGAAACGCUUGAAACAUCUGGAAGACGUUGUGCAUAACCUUCGACCUGACAUAGACCUUGCGCAGGAGCUGGACGCUCUUACUCUUGACUCCGACUCGGAUGAGGCCCACUCGAUUUUACCACAUGUAGACUCGCAGACCAGCACAAAGCACACAUCUUUUAUCAUGUCACCAACACUUCCCAAUCAUGCUUCGCCCACCGAUACCCACCUUCCGGAUUCCAGCGAUGAUGAGGAGUUGGACCAGCGGGCUAUUCGUCAACUUGUUAACCAGGCACAUCAUCGGCCUGGGGAUACUUUCUUGGGCAAGUCGAGCGCGGUGCAUUUCGUACACAACAUUUACAAGAAGAAGUACGAUGUCAAACCCGACGAUGCCACUUUUCCCCAGACAUAUCAGAACUUCAGGGAGCGGUUUCGUGGAAGGGAGGAAUUCUGGAGCCACCACCCAUAUAUGAUGCAUGCCUUCAACGAAGACAGGCCCAUACAUUCCUUCCCUGUCCCACCUUUGAUCACGCAUUUAGUGGACAUCUACUUCAACCGUAUCAACCCCUUCCUACCUCUUCUCCAUCGACCUACCUUCGAACGCGCUUUGGCAGACAAUCUACAUUUCAAUGACUCCGGAUUUGGAUCGGUCCUCCUGCUUGUUUGCGCCAAUGCAGCCCGGUACUCUGAUGAUCCUCGGGCUUUCGACCCAAAGCAACCUGAAGCCAGUGGUUGGGUGUGGUUUAACCAGGUCACGAUUGCGAAGCAUGUGGUAACGGGUGCUGCUCGAUUACAUGAUUUGCAAAUUUAUGCGCUCGCUGUGACGUUCUUGAAGGUUUCCGUGCAGCCUCAAGCGUGCUGGGGAAUGGUAGGGCUCGGGAUUCGUCUUGCUGUAGACGCCGGUGUCCAUCGUCGGAAGACCUACAAACUGGGGAACACCCCCGAGGGCGAACUGUGGAAACGCGCAUUUUGGAUCCUGGUCCUCAUCGAUCGUCAGAUUAGUUGCGCUAUGGGCAGACCCUUCAGCAUACAGGAAGAGGAUAUGGACGUUGAUUACCCAGUCGAAUGCGACGACGAGUACUGGGAUGUUCCAGGACACGAGUUCGAACAGCCUCCGGGAAAACCCUCCUAUGUAUCGGCAUUCAUCCAAAACAUGAAGCUGACCCAUAUUCUGGCGUUCGCGAUGAGAACAAUCUAUUCAAUUGGCAAAUCAAAGGCUCUCCUAGGUCUUGUGGGUGACGAUUGGCAGGAGCGUACGAUGGCUCAGCUCGACUCGGCAUUGAACAGCUGGAAGAACUCAUUGCCAACUCACUUGCAGUGGCAUCCCAAUAUCGAGGAGCCUCUCGCUCUGGAACAAUCCGCCUAUCUUUAUACCUCUUACUAUCUGCUCCAAAUCAUCAUCCAUAGGCCAUUCAUCACACCGUCAAGUCGCUCCUCGCCGCUUUUCUUCCCUUCGCUUGCCAUCUGCACUAGCUCUGCCCGUUCUUCCGCCCAUCUCUAUCAGGCGAUGCAAAGACGGGGCUUCCAACCGUUUCCACAAUCUGUGGCUUGCUUAUGGAUGAGUGGUAUCGUCCUUUUCUUGAAUUUAUUAGGCUCCAGAAGAUCAGGCAGAACCAAAGAGGCAGCGGAAACCAGAAAAGAUGCACAGAUUUGCCUGGAUAUCCUUGACGAGAUGAAGGACAGAUGGCCUAUCUGCAAGGGAAUGAUAUUAUCGCUAGAAGAACUGGCCAAUACCGCCGACAAUGUGCAACCUGUUCCGUCGGCAGCCGUUCCGCAGUCGAGUACGCAGAGUUCACCGUCGGAAUCAUCAAACUCCGACGAUUCUCCUUUGUCCACGGUAGCAACGCCGGAGAUGUCAACGCACUAUUAUGCGGACCCAAUCCAGUUGGCCGAACCAGAGUUAUCACUGGGGCAUGACCUUUACGAUCCACAGUCCUACUGCGGUGCCGUUCCGCAACAGGCCGUUGCGUUUCCUCCGGAUGGCAACCUGGCUAGCUCGCUCGCAGCUUCAUACCUUUCGAUGCCGACGAAGAACGAGGAGAUCAAUCUUCAACCUGACCCAAUGUUUACGAAUUUCUACACCCACGAAAACACUUUGCGCUACAAUCUCGACGCAUCGUAUUAUCAAGUUACAGACGGGAUAGGUAAUUUGGCGUCAACAUCGAUGAGCACUUUCAACCCUAUGCAAAUCUAUGGAUGUGAAGAUGCAAGUGACCUUACUUUAUCCUUCGACGACGCUGUCGCGCUGUGGUCGUCUGUGCCAAACACUGUCGAUAUGAAUUCUUGGGCAACAUACAACCCGCCUACGUCCAACGAACAAUAAUCGCACCUACACUUGCAAGCAUGUGGCUUUGCGUAACUCAACGUGCGCCUGCCUUUUGCCAUUAUUGUGCUUGCUUAAAUGUCCUGCCGAUUGUAUCUCGUAUAAGACCUGUAUUCCUAUGACCUAAUUCAUACCCCCAUUCCGGACUUCGUACUGCAUCUCACCGUGUCGCUUUCGUUACAUUGCUUGGAAUAGAACGCGAGAUGCAUCAC